UUUUUGUAAGAAAUGGCCUUGGGAUGAGGCUUUCGUUGCCCACCAUUCAUUCAAGAUAAUACCUGCAGUGUAACCAGAAACCAUAAACAAAAGCACUAUCACACUCUUUAUUUCAUUGCCCCCCCUUACAGAUUCGCAGCCCAUAAACAAAGAAAUCAAAAGACAAAUAGCCAAUAACAAUGGCACUCAGAAUGUGGGCUUCUUCCACAGCCAAUGCACUCAAAAUCUCUUGUUCCUCCAAACCUAAUGUUUCCCUUGCUUUUUCACUCUCUAGAUGCUUUUCCACUGUUUUGGAUGGGCUGAAGUAUGCUAAUUCACAUGAAUGGGUGAAGCAUGAAGGUCCUGUGGCUACCAUUGGCAUCACUGACCAUGCUCAGGACCAUCUUGGAGAAGUAGUGUUUGUGGAGUUGCCUGAACCAGGUGGCUCAGUGAGCCAAGGAAAAGGGUUUGGAGCAGUGGAAAGUGUUAAAGCAACAAGUGAUGUCAAUUCCCCAAUCUCCGGCGAAGUCGUGGAGGUUAACUCCAAACUGUCCGAAACUCCGGGCCUGAUCAACUCGAGCCCAUAUGAAGAUGGAUGGAUGAUCAAAGUGAAGCCAAGCAGUCCAUCAGAGUUAGAAUCAUUGAUGGGUCCAAAGGAAUACACCAAAUUCUGUGAGGAAGAAGAUGCUUCACACUAAGAAACCAUUGUACCCUUAUUUUCAAACUUUGUGUUCAAGAAAUAAGGUUUAUUGCAAUCUUAAUUUUAUGUCUAUUUAUCAUAA